AUGGAUACACCAUCUGUUGAUCGACAGGGAAGCGGUAGCUCUCGGGAAUGCGCAAACGAUAAUUCAAGUAAAAACAGUGAUGUUACAGAACAAACGCAACCUGUAGGACGGCCAUUCAUAUCGGUCACUAGUGUAAGACGUGCAACAGAUGAACAAAAUAUCAACCAACGUAUCAAGCAUAGUGAUGAAAGGAAACAAUGGACAGCCAUUAAGGCACUAAUGAAAAAAAUUAACUCGUUAUCCGAUGCAUUGGGAAACGCGGGUUGGGGACCCCCGUAUGAAAUACCAACAAAACCAACGAGAAAAGGACCUACUAUGGGACUAUUCUUCGGACAUGCCAAAAAACUGGAAAACUGCUCACUUAUCAUGCAAACACCAGAUUCUAUGGAACGAUAUUCAUUCUACGGAAAACUGAUGCAACAUACCAGCUGUGCUCCAUAUGCUAUUACUAAUGUAACCUACGGACAUGUAGUAGGUAUCGGAAGGUGUGCGCUAUGCGCCACGCAAUGUGGAAAGGUAGUCAUAUACAAAAUUGACAAUUUCGAACGUGCCCUUGUAGUAGAUACUUUGCAAUACUACUCAGAAGAUGGAAACGCCCAAGAAAGCUCAGGAGAGAGUGACACUGAAGAACAAUCCGUACGAGCACCAAACGCUUUCGAAAUCAACUUCCUUAAAUUGGUAAAGACAUUCGACGAAUAUGCAAGAACACUUAUCAUAGGAAACCAACUUGGGCACAUUAUCAUUGUUGAUCUACCAUCAAUGAAACCCAUUAAUGUAAUUUAUUAUUUGGGGGAAGGGCAAAGAGAAGAUGGGAGGACACAAGCAACAGAUACUAAUCGCAUGACUACCGUAUCCAGCGAUGACGAAUACGAUGAACCUGCACAACAACAAAUGUUCAAAACACCUAUCAAAAGAAGUGAACAUGUGACCUAUAUAUCAUGCCUAAAGGUACAACCAGUAAUCAACGACGUAUGGGUUGGCUACGGUGACGGCACAUUCGCGGUAUUCGAAAUACCAUCAGGAAACUGCAAAAAACAUGUACCAGCAGAUAUCAUGAAAAAGGACACGCACUCAAAUAUUGAAAUAGAUGCAAGGUGGCAAAGGGUUACCAGCAUACACUUCUCAAGUAUGCUUGAAAUCGCACUAGUAGUAUAUGGAAACAUACGAAUAGAUGUAUGGGAUACCAGGAGCUAUGCAUUACUCAAAUCGGUACCCGUGGCAGUUCUUACUUGCGAUUCAGGACUCAUAUCAUCCAUGCAACUAUACGACGGUUACGAAAAAACGUGCCUACUCUUCAUAGGGUCCAUGGAUGGAUCACUCAUAAUGAGGAAAAUUGAACGCCAUACAAACAAUGAAAUAUCGUGGUCACUAGUGCUCAACCUACUAUACGAUGUCAAGUAUAGCCCAAUAGCAAGUGACAAGAGACAGGAUGGAAAUAACGUGGACUAUGCAGAUUUCAGGGGAGCACCAAUCACCUGUAUAUACCCAUUACUAUCGCACAACGCCGUUGUAGUGGGAAACGCAUGUGGAGCCAUAGUUGCCGCAUGGAAUAUACGUAGAUGCAUCAAAGAAAGCUGA